AAUUAAUUGUUAAAUAAAUAAUUUUAAUUUUUAAAAAAUUAUACUGGUCUUUUGUCAUUGACAAGAUAAAAUAUAAUUAAUAAUUAUUAUUUGUAAAAUAAAAAAAAAAUUUUGUCGUUUGUUUGAUUAAUUGUAAAUUCAGCUUUUUUGUUUUUUUUUUUUUAUUUAUAAAACGCAAAGCAACGCAAAGUUGGAUACUGGAAAUUAUAUUUUUAAAAAACAAACAACAACGUUUUUGUUGUGUUAUUUUAUUUAUUGAUUAUUUAUUGUUUAUAUUAUUUAUAAAUAAAGUUUUAAUAAUGAAUGACAAUCGUAAAAGAGGAAACAAUGAUAAUGACGAUAGUGACAGUGAAUGGAUUGGACCAACACCAUCAGAAGCUGCUCCAAUAAAAAAACAAAAAGUUCUUGAUCAUGAGCAAGUGUUUGUUGACAAUCUACCAUCUUGUGAGUGUUAUGAAAAAUCUUAUAUGCAUCGUGAUGUCAUCACAAAUAUUGUUGUAACAAAAACAAAUUUUGUCAUAACAGCAAGCAGUGAUGGCUUUGUUAAAUUUUGGAAAAAACAAGAAGAGCUAAUUGAAUUUGUUAAACACUACAGAGCUCAUGUGAUGCCAAUACAAGGUCUUGCUGCAAGUCACAAUGGUGUUUAUGCUGCAACAAUUAGUCUUGAUGAAAUGAUGAAAGUCUUUGAUGUCAUAAACUUUGAUAUGAUUAAUAUGAUAGAACUUAAGUUUACACCUGGUUGUAUUGAAUGGAUUUAUUCAUUGGGUGAUGCAAUUGCUGCUGUUGCUGUUGCUGAUCAAGAAUCAUCAAAAAUUUGUGUAUAUGAUGGACAGGGAGCUAAAGAACCACUUCAUAUUUUAGACAGAUUACAUACAAAGCCAGUUACUGUUAUGAAGUUUAAUCCAAUUUAUGAAACUUGUAUAUCAAUUGAUAAAGCUGGAAUAAUUGAAUACUGGACAACACCAAAACAUGAAUAUAAAUUUCCAAAAAUAGUUAAAUUUGAAUCAAAACUUGAUACUGAUUUAUUUGAAUUUGUUAAAAAUAAAACAUAUCCAUGUGAUAUUGCUAUAUCACCAGAUGGUAAAAAAUUUGCAUCACUAAGUGGUGAUAGAAAAGUUCGAGUAUUUAAUUUUUUAACUGGUAAAUUAUACAGAGUAUUUGAUGAAUCAUUAAAGCGAUUUUCUGAAUUACAACAAACCAUUCAACAAUUGCCAAAUAUGGAAUUUGGAAGAAGAAUGGCUGUUGAAAAAGAACUUGAUAAAACAGGUACAAAUUUAGGAAAUAUAAUAUUUGAUGAAUCUGGUUAUAUGAUUAUGUACAGUACAAUGUUGGGAAUAAAAUUAGUUAAUAUUUAUACAAAUAAAUGUAUUAAAAUAAUUGGUAAACCAGAAAAUAUAAGACCAAUGAAAUUAGCAUUAUUUCAAGGUAAAGGAAAAAAAAGUACAGCAGCAACAACUGUUGAAAUUGAAGGUUCAAAUAAUCCAACAUUAGAAAUGAUUAAACCAGAUCCAACAUUAUUUUGUACAGCACAUAAAAAAAAUCGUUUUUUUAUAUUUACAAGACGUGAACCAGAAGAUACUAAAAAUCAAGAAUGUGAUAGAGAUGUAUUUAAUGAAAAACCAUCAAAAGAAGAUAUUAUAUCAUCAACUGAAGCAACAUCAAUGCAAAAAAUAUAUGAUACAGCAAUAAUACAUACAGCACUUGGUGAUAUUCAUGUAUCAUUAUUUAGUAAAGAUACACCAAAAACAGUUGAAAAUUUUUGUGUUCAUGCUAAAAAUAGUUAUUACAAUAGUCAUAUAUUUCAUCGUAUUAUUAAAGGUUUUAUGGUACAAACUGGUGAUCCAACUGGUACUGGUACUGGUGGUCAAAGUAUAUGGGGUGGUGAAUUUAAUGAUGAAUUUAAAUCACAUUUAAAACAUGAUAGACCAUAUACUGUUAGUAUGGCUAACGCUGGACCAAAUACAAAUGGAAGUCAAUUUUUUAUAACACUAAUACCAACACCAUGGUUAGAUAAUAAACAUACUGUUUUUGGUAGAGUUGUUAAAGGCAUGGAAGUUGUACAAAAUAUCAGUCAAGUUAAGACAAAUCCAAAAACAGAUAAACCAUAUGACGACAUAAGAAUUGUCAGUAUAACUGUUAAAUAAUUAAAUUUCAAUUUUUUUUGUAAAAAUAAUUAAAUAAAUAUAAAUCAAUUUUUUUUUUUUUUAUUUUAAUAAAUUUUUUUUUUUUUUUUGAUAAUUCAAUGCUCUUAUGAAAUUGUAUGCUCCAGUUGUUGCAACAAAAACAUUUACACUAAAUAAACUCCAAUUUUUUGGAAUAAUAACCAA